UCUGAGGUCGGCCCCUAGAUUUUCAGGGAAUAUUCCUAGAAUUAUACUAUUAAUAACUCGGGUCCCUCACACAAAGGGGUACUGGAACUAUAUAAAAUUCUAGAACUGCAUAUUACAACUUCAUACAUUUAGUAAACUAGUUAUCUAUCGAUCCGUGUCCGCAGAACUUUUAACUAUAUUUUCGGUCUGUUUUGCGUGUAAUUUACAUUGUUUUAAGCUAAAAUGAGUGCUAUAGCGCAACAAGAGUCUUUUGUUAAGGAGAGUCUAUUUCAAUUUAUCAUUAAAAACGUUCCAAAAGCAGACUUAAAUGUUAUUGACGAUAUAGUCUUGUCUUAUGUGAUUUCGAUACUAGAAGAGGCAUCCCAGGAUCCCUGCUUCGAUGUUGAAGGAUUCAUCGAGAUGAUGGCAGCUUACGUACCGGAAUUCGCUCACAUCGACGCGGGCCUGGUCUGCUCCUGGGUUCUGGAACUGGAAGCCGAGAUCUCCCGUCACGAGGAGACCGACUCCAGCAAUGGCAACGAUGAUUCGAGCAGCGAUAAAGUGAGCCUCACCCUGCAGAGCCUCUCCGAGAUGCUGCCCCCACCACCGAAGAAUGAUCGCUCCCACACGAACUCCGAGAGUUCCGGCUCUGAGAAGGAGGUGGAAGGGGCCGGGGUGAACAUACCCACCUUGGAAGUUCAUCAGUGCCAGGUGCUGGCUGAGAUGUUUCCUAACGCUUGCGCUAUGGAGAUAAAGCACUGCCUCUCAAUUGCUUUUGGCGAUGUGGAGAGAGCGGCCGCGACCUUGCUCCACCGCAGGGAGUUGGGCCUCACUCAGUCGGCUCUACACGCUCCGGUCCACCGGACAAAGCCGGUUGACGAACAAGAGGUCAAGCAGAGAAUAAUCGAUCGUUACUCGUACGUGGACGAAAACUCUGGUACGAAGGAGCAUAGGCCCUUGGCCCCCAAGAUCGAGCCCAAAAAGAUGGUCCGGUACAGGGACAAUAAGAUCGUCUCGUUGAAGGGGGAGCGUUAUACCGAGGUCCCCAAAUCCGGCGCCGACGAGGAACACCUGAAGAAGCCCAAGAAGCAGCAUGCCCCUUAACCAUUACCCAGAAGUCAGUACAAUGGAAGUGCGGCGCAAGCGCCUUUCCCCUCGUCUGCCUCCCAAAUUGAUGUUGUGUACUCGACUCGUCCGUACGUAUAUGCCGAAUUGUUUUACCGGUCCCAUUUGAACUUCUCCAGAAUCCAAAAUCCAAAAUUAGUGACGUCACUGAACACGUGCGUUUUCUUUAGUAACCGCAAUGGUUACGGUGACGCGCAAUGUAUCGCAUUCCCUUAUGUUUCAAGCGUUUUUACUGACGCUGGCAACACCGAAGCUGAUUCGAUGGUUUUAUUGUUAUCAGGCAAAGGCGUAUUCGCUUGUGCGAUAUUUUUUCGUAACGCCAACAAAACGAUGGAAUGUGACGGAGACUUGUUUAAAAUCGAUUCGGUCCGAUCAAAAUUAAUUAUCGAUUUAACUAGUCAUAGUGAGGCGACACGUGACCCGAAUCGCUUCGAAGCAAACACAAUGUGUUCAUGUCUGAUGCAUAUGAAUUUGAAUAAUAGUUUAUUAUUAUUAAUAUAUGUAUUAUCAUAUGUAAAUGCGUACGGACGAUAUAAUAAUAUAUUUAGUGUUAGGUCAUCGAAAGCGCGUCAUACGACCGUAAUAGGUUGUCCACCGUCAUUUUGUUGUACUGAUUUAUUUAAAAGACUUUUGUCUCGAAUUAAUUUAUUUAAUAUAUUUAUUCGUAAUUUUAAGUUUAUUGAAUUAAUUCGCAGUAUUAUUAUUAUUAUUAUUUGGAUCGUUUUAGUUAUUAUUUGGGACGAGACUUCGUUCGUGUACUUUAGUAAGUGUUACGUGAUAUAUCUAGUUUCGUCUGUAACGUCAUUUGUGAUUUUAAACGUUACGACAAUUAAUAUGAUUCCUAUUAACGAUACGUUUUACACGUCUGUGAUUUUGAUGCCAUUUUUAUUUUUAAUUUUAAUCCCUAAAUUAAUUAUUUUACGUUUCGCGUCCGGUGUGACGUGAUGCCGUACGUGAGCGCGGUCUGUUUCAAUGAUUCCCUUCGAGUUGACAGAUGAUGUCUCUGACCGACGUCAGUGUGACAGUUCUGACUUUUGGCAACUUUGACGUUUCGAUGCGUAGGCAUCGUAAGCGAUGACGUUUGACAAGUUUGACGUUUGUGUAUUAUGUCUUGGGCGUUCGAAGUGAAACCUAAGGUGUACCUCCUAAAUUAUAAGCCCGACCGCGAAUAUUCGCUGGUUUUCGUAACAAUGACUGUGACAGCCGCUCUGUCUGUAAAUAAAAAAAGAGAAAGGUAUAAUAUAGUGUAACUAAAACUACAUACUUUUACGAUUUAAACCUUUUUAGUGCGGAGCUUAUUUUUCACAUAUUGUGCAGAAAUUGCUGAAGUAGGACUUUUAAAAAAAUACAAAAUAUCGAUACUAAAUUCAGAGCAAAAUAAUUUAGAACUAUUCGCGUGCUCUAAGACACGUCCGUUCAGGUCGAUGCCUAAUACCUGUACCUACAUUAAUAGAGUCGAUCUAUCGAUUCAAGUAUUCAAAGUGUCCGAACUAAAAAAAAAUAUUGCUUAGAUGGGUGGACGAGCUCACGACCCACCUGGUGUUAAGUG